GUUCUUGCGGUGGCUGCUCGUGAGCGGCGAUCGCUCCUGCAAAAGAAACCCGCGAAACAGCGACGCAGCUGACGGCUCGCGUCCCUCCGGCGCCUACCAAUUAACCGAGAGUCUGCAGCGAGCCCCCGACGCCAGUCAACAUGACGGCAAAAGUGGUCAUUGCAUUGGUGCUGCUUGCGUUGACAGCGUGCUGCGCUAGCGGCCAAGGCCAGGGCAAGGGCUUGGGCCGCGGCAGAGGCCAGGGUCAUGGUCACGGGCAGGGACGAGGCAAGAAGGGCGGACCUGUUGCUGUUGAAGGCCCCCUGGCGUCAGGUCCGCUCCCAGGAAGCGGCGGCGGCGGCGGCGGCCAGUUUCGCGAGUCCGGUGGAUUUCGCCAGACUCAGGGCCACCGAGUUGAGGAAGGUUUUGAGCAAACCGAUUUCUUCAACCGAGGCCAAGGCAACGGGGCUGCUUUCUUGGGCACCAACGCCGGAGUGCUUGAGUCGGGCCUCUUUCAGCAGGUCAAGGGCAAGUUCAAGAUCAAGGGCAAAGUUCGCGGAUACACGGCCGCCAGCUCCUUGCAGCAGCAACAGGGAUAGUAGCCACGAAAACAUCGCCAAAACAGUCCAGCGCCGUACGAGAUCUGUCGAAAUAAUUUUAUUAGCGAAGAACGGAUGCGAAUUCUCCCUUUUCUUUAAAGAAAAUGAGUUUCUUAGUGAGUUACCCCACUUUUCCGUAUCGGGUAUGUGUGUUUCUAGCCCUUUUCAAGGACCGUUCCCGAUAAAAAGAGAGAGAGAAAAGCAGUCCGACGCUCAUCCUAUAUACUCCGCUCACGUGAGGGGUGACGCGAUAGUGCGGUGACUCUGCCCCAUUCUCACUCCCAACUCGCUAAGGAAGACAUUGUAUUUGAUCGACUUCCAACUUUUUUUAGCAGUAUCUUGAUGUUUGCCGCUGGGUAAGCUAAUGGUCUCUAAAUGGUCUGAUCGAAAUACGAGCACGCGCGCACGCACGCACGUAUGCAAAACGGCUAAGUAAGACGGUGCAAGUAUUUCAACUGCAUAUGUCUAUAUCUACAGAUUUUAGUGUGGCAUAUGAACAUGUAUAUGUUACUGCAUGGUUGAUCCAAUCUAUGGUUCCAAAAAGCCCAACUUAUUAUUUUUUAAACGCUGAGUUUGAUACUUCACAAUGAUAUUUAAGUGCAGGAAAGAACGUAAAGCGCACAGCACAUUUAAGCGGAGUUUCGCAGUCGUUUUCAUGCGGCGCGCAAAGGGGAGGGAGCGUUCGGCGGCGAGCUCGGUAUCACUCAGCAACGCAGCCUCCGUCCGAGUCCCGAAUUUUCCCUUUGAAACGUAACUAAUAAUUAUUGUAAAAUAAAAGUUACCUUGCGUUACCUCCUGUGCGCGGUUUCUUUGGCUAGUAAUUCGUUGUUUUUAUCGCGUCGUGUUUUCCCGGUUCCACGUUGGAGUUAAGCUAUAGGAGUCUCUACGUUGCUCUCUCACCGUAUACUCUGCGUCGGAACCCCGAAGCGGCCGUAUGACCAGAGCGUCGGUGAUGAAUCAGCACUCAUCAGCAAAUAUAGACCAUACGCUACUUCCGAAGGGUCUGAGAAGUCGCUUAUAUACAGCUUUGCUGUCUAUAUAUCAGUUGUUCAGAUUGGCAUAUCUGCGAAGGAUUUUUCGAUACUCUGGAGCGAAGUUUCAGUCGUGAAUAGCUCAGCAAGCCAAUUACUGAUUAAUUAAUAACGAUACUAAUGAAGUUACUCAAGCAACAUUUCAUAGAUUGGUUCCAUCUCUUUUUUGAUGUGAAUGUAUUCGCUAUGGCCAGAAAUAAAGGUGAACAAAUUA